AUGUCACAGACUAUAAUUUUUAAGCCCUUUGUCUCAGUUCCAUCAAGUAAUCACAGCCAGAAGAAACUACAGAACAACAUCAUCAAUGUUGGUGUUAAAAUCCAGAACCGGUUCAGAGUUGUUUGUAUGGGGAUGCUGGCUCCUAGGAAGUUCCUGCAAAAGAGGAGGAAGAUAGAGGUUUUCAAAGAUGCAGCAGACGAGGUGGAUCAGAAGAGAUGGAGAGGGCUAAUGUUAGAGAUUGAAUCAACUGGUUCUGCAGUUUCUGUUCUUAGGCAGUACAGAAGUGACGGUGACCAAGGUCUUCCCAGGGACCUUGUUUUGGGCACUUUGGUUAGGUUUAAGCAGCUCAAGAAAUGUAAUCUCGUCAGCGAGAUUCUUGAAUGGCUUAGAUACCAGAACUGGUGGAACUUCAGUGAAAUGGAUUAUUUGAUGCUCAUCACAGCUUAUGGGAAACUAGGAAACUUCAACCGGAGCUGAAAGGUUUUAAGCGCUCUGAGCAAGAUGGGCUCAACUCCAAACGUGAUCUCUUAUACCGCUCAUGGAAGAGGAGGCAAAUGCAACAAUGCUGAAGCCAUAUUUCGUAGGAUGCAGUCUUCAGGGCCAGAGCCUUCUGCUGUAACUUAUCAGAUUAUAUUAAAGACUUUCGUAGAAGGGAACAAGUUUAAAGAAGCUGAAAAGGUCUUUGAGACUCUUUUAGAUGAGAAGAGAUCGCCGUUGAAGCCGGAUCAAAAGAUGUAUCACAUGAUGAUAUACAUGCACAAGAAGGCUGGGAACUAUGAAAAAGCUCGAAAAGUAUUUGCUUCAAUGGCUGAGAAAGGCGUUCCACAGUCUACUGUUACAAUAGCCUUUGAAACUAAUUAUAAAGAAGUUUCUAAGAUCUAUGACCAGGUGCUUAUAUGCUGGAAGCACCAUACAUGGCCUGUGAUAGUAUCAUAGUAGUGAUCUUCCUGUUUACUUAUCAAAGCAUAUGGAAGAGCAGGAAGAGAGGAAGAAGCUUUAUCUGAUCUAUGCUCUUACACAACUAUGUUAUCAGCGUAUGUAAAUGCUUCUGACAUGGAAGGUGCUGAGAGAUUCUUCAAGAGGAUAUAAGUAGAUGGUUUUGAACCUAAUGUAGUCACCUAUGGGACGAUGAUAAAAGGUUAUCUCAAAGCAAAUGAUCUUGAUAAAGUUAUGGAGGUGUAUGAGAAAAUGAGGUUUAGUGGCAUCAAAGCGAAUCUAACCAUCUUAACGAUUAUCAUGGAUGCGUUUGGGAGGUGUAAGGAUUUUGGGAGCGCUCUUAGUUGGUACAAGGAGAUGGAGAGUUGUGGUGUAACGCCUGAUCAGAAAGCUAAAAAUGUGCUUUUGUCAUUGGCUUCUAGUCGAGAUAAGUUAGAGGAAAGUAAAGAACUUACUGGUUUUAGAGAUGAGAAAACAAUCCUUGCUGGACUCUACCAAUCUGAUGAUGAUGUCAGUAGUGAUGAGGAUGAAUAUGAAGAAGACGAUGAUGAUGGUGCAGGAGAAACUGUGUUGUAUGAUAAAAAACAAGAAGGGUCUUCCCAUUAUGUUAGCUCUCAGAGGGGAGAACUUGUGGGCUUAUGAAAACUACUAGAAAGUUGUAUG